CCCACAGAAACCCCCGGAGGAUUAUUACUAGAUUUUAACCUCUUUACCAAAUAGUUUUAUAUCUAGCAUCGAAUACGUUUUUACGAAACGAAAUAAAAUACUUUGGCGGAUAUGUCGGGAGACGUUUCAAAGGGAAUCUUUCUCCUUUUCUCCAUGUUUCUGGAGCCAGUGUUUUCAGUGCAUAAUCAGAUGUGCGACAUGAUGAGGGAGAUAGAAAAAGAGAGAGACACGUGUGAGGCUCACAUUGAGAACAGAACAACAGGUUGCAGUGGGACGUGGGACAAGAUCACCUGCUGGCCCAGUGCCGACAUCGGAGAGGUGGUUACCAUCCCUUGUCCCAAAUACCUCUUCUACUUCUCCAGGGAUGUCCUUACACGUAACCUGUCAAAGACCUGCACCGAGGACGGCUGGACCCCGAUCAGCAUGGACUCCUACAUAAUGGACUGCGGAUACAAUCCCAACAGCACCAUUGAUGAUAAUACUGGACACUUCUUCACCGCCAUUAAAGUGGGUUACACCAUCGGCCACAGCGUGUCGCUCAUCUCUCUCACGGUUGCCAUCAUCAUACUGUGUCUCUUUCGGAAGCUGCACUGCACGAGAAACUGCAUCCACAUGCAUCUCUUUGUGUCUUUCAUACUGAAGGCCGUAGCUGUGUUCAUCAAGGACGUGGUUCUGUAUGAUGUUGGCGAGACAGAAAACUGCCAAUCAUCUGUGGGUUGCAAGGCAGUGGUGGUCUUCUUCCAGUAUGGCAUCAUGGCGAGUUACUUCUGGCUGCUGGUGGAGGGCCUCUACCUCCACACCCUGUUAGCCGUCUCCUUCUUCUCCGAGAGGAAGUACUUCUGGUGGUACAUCCUGAUCGGAUGGGGGGCUCCGACUAUCUUUAUCUCAGCGUGGGUGAUUACCAAGGCAUAUUUAAGCGAUCCCGGAUGCUGGGAGACGAUCGAUGACGGUCCAUGGUGGAUUAUCAAAACACCUAUCUUAGUCACAAUACUUGUGAACUUUUUCCUCUUCAUUUGUAUAAUCCGGAUUCUGCGACAGAAGAUGAAUUGCCCUGACAUCGGAAGAAAGGAAUCCAACCAGUACUCGAGACUGGCUAAAUCCACCCUGUUGUUGAUUCCUCUCUUUGGGAUCAACUACAUCCUUUUUGCCUUCAUUCCAGACCACAUCCACCCUCAAGUCAGGAUGGUAUUUGAUCUCAUUCUGGGCUCCUUUCAGGGGUUUGUCGUUGCAGUUCUGUACUGCUUUAUGAACGGAGAGGUGCAGUCGGAGAUUAGGCGAAAGUGGCGCAGAUGGAUGCUGCAGAGGUUCCUGGGAGCUGACACCAAGUACCAGCAGCCCUCCAUAGGCAGCAACGGCAACAACUUCAGCACCCAGAUCACCAUGUUGACCAAAUGCAGCCCCUCCACUCGCCGGGCAUCCGCAUGUCAGGAGCAACUGUCAUCCAUCUGAAACUGUCGGCUUAUUUUUCUCCCCCUUUCUCUGUCUCUGUUUCUUUCUCUAUGUACUGAAUGUGUGGCUCACUGAUGCAAUGCGGUUGAUAUUGGUGGCUGAAAGUCAAUAUGACAUUUUAGUGCCGAAGCUAAUAUUUGUUCAUUGUAAUUUGAUCCAUUGCCUGUCAGGGAAAAAAGAGGCAAGUGCUCAGCGUGUUUCUCCCUCGAGUAGAAAGACAACCUGAACCAGCAUGGAAACGCUCCACGUGCUCAAUGAACGGGAUAAAAAGAAAUUAUCUUAACAUGGAGAAAUAGCAGCAAGAAAAACAAGAACACUCAUUUUCAAAAAACAGUGUGGAGUUUAGGAGGCUUUAAGCAUUGCUCAGGCAAGUAAUUUGAUCUCUACAUAAAGGUCAUCGUCACACUGAUGUACCACUGCGUUGAGGUCAAAUGAUGAGUCACCCUCUGCUGACUAUUGACAAGUUGAAAACCAAUUGUCACAAUAACAUGAACUAAGAGGGGAGGGGGGGAUGAAAAGAUCCUCAUGAUCACGAUGUGAGUUAAAAGGAGGUGGGAUUCCCGACCUGCAGUUUCCAUCUAAUCUUAGGCUAUAGAUGGAGCCAGAGACGAGCUGCGUCCUUUAAGAAACAUGUUUAUGAAAAUGUGUUUGUUACACAAGAGGACUCCGAGCACUUACCUUAAUGGUCCAAGUUGCCUUGGGGAGCGAUGGUAAUGACAGUGUCAGGCUGUGAUGAAGAGUAGAUACGGAGGAAAGCGUAUAGUAAGCAUGCCCACAAGACGCUCCCUGUCCUGUCUAUGACAGUUUUACACAGGACGUACACUCUGAUCUGAGUUACUGCCGGAUAACAUUCCUGAGGAGGGACUGCAGCUCCUGCUUGUGAAAUUUAUAUCAGUUUACAGAGGCUUUUAGUUUUCUUCUGAGCGCUCGGUCACUUGACAGACAUUGGUUUUUACUGGUUUUGACACUAAUGGACCAGAUGUGUUUGAUUAUUCGUUCACAAUACACCACGUUAGGAAUUCAUAUGUGGCAACAACACUUAACAAGUGCAAGAGCUAUUCAUUUACUUGGAAUGAUUUUAGUAUCCUGUUCUGUUCUUUUUGAGUCUAGUCUGUCCAGGUCUACUCAUUUUGGUUAUGUUCUAUUCUGUUCUAGUCUGUUCUGUGCUAUUCUAUUCUACUCUAGUCUUGUCUGUUGUAGUCUGCUCUGUUCUAGACUGUUCAAUUCUAUUUUAUUGUAUUCUACUCUAUUCUAAUCUGUUCCAGUCUAGUCCAUUCAAAUCAGUCUAGUCUCAUCUGCUCUGUUUUUAAAGGUUAAAUGCACACAGUAUGUAGUAUUGCUUUAUUUUUAGUAUAUUUUAACUACAUACAGUAUGUUGUAAUGUAUUAUUUUUUGUCAUUCAAGCAGUGUUACAUUAUUGAUGUCCUGCUCAGUUGGUUAUUGCAAUACUUUAUUCGAGACUGAAUGAACUCCACAACUGUUGUGUAGUUUGCCAAGAAAUGUUUGUUCAGACAUUGAUGAUUCAGAGGAGAUGAAUCCCCUGACUUUCCUCCCUGAAGUUCAUGAGGUCAUUUGUAGUUUUAAGGGAAACAUCUCAAACAUCGACUGGAUGGAUCACAAUUAAUAUUUAGUUCAGACCUUCAUGUUACAAAAUUUGAUUAAUUGUCAUAACUAUGGUUAUGGUUAAUGUUUUUAUUUAGCACCAUCAGGUGAAUUUUUAUCUUUUGUUCACUCUCAAAUCUAAAUACAUUCCCAUCAGCUUCAGCCCUACUUUAUGCUUAUUAACAUGCUAACAUGCAUGGUGGUGAACAGGUUGGACAUAGGCUAUCAUAACACAUACCCCUUUAUAUACACAGUCCUACAUUUGAAGCCACAUAAUCGGAUUAGACAAUUUUCAGGUUCAAGUAGUGUUCAACAUUUAAUUGAGUUCCCACCUUGUUCUUGUCAUACCGUGCAUGAUUGUUGAACUGAAACUAAGAUUAAACUAACUGAAAGUACCUCAGACUUAAUGUCACACACAGCUUUUGUAUAUGAGACUGUAGAUAGGCCUUAUGAGUUGGUUUACAACUUGUAGUGCUCAGGUGACAACUGGAAAUCAAUGUUUACAUUUAAACAUGUGAGUUUCUCCCUCAUUGCUAUUGUUAUCACGUCAGUAAAGGUGAUUUAGUGUCUCUUAUUUGUCAAGUUGAACAUGUUGUGUACAUAUUGUGUACUGUAUAGUGGAAUCAGCUGUAAAUAUGUUAUUGAACAAAAUGUCAGAUGAAGGUUAAUAAAACCUUUUGCACUGU